UGAAGSRACUUGACCAUGGAUUCCCCAAUGUGRCUGGUCGAAAACGCCGARGGSGAGCUUCAUGUAGURCCUGGUGCRAUCAAGUACCRGAUGGGACUGAACCAGAAAGUCGUAGUGGUGUCGGUGGUCGGGCUGUACCGCACCGGCAAGUCUUACCUCAUGAACAAGCUGGCUGGAAAGAGAAAAGGUUUUGCCCUGGGAGCCACCAUCCAAUCCAAAACUAAGGGCAUCUGGAUGUGGUGUGUGCCUCACCCUGAAAAAAGAGACCACACCCUGGUACUGCUGGAUACAGAGGGGCUGGGGGAUGUGGAGAAGGGAGAUUCUAAGAAUGAUGCCUGGAUCUUCUCCUUGGCCAUUCUGUUAAGCAGUACUCUGGUCUACAACAGUCGAGGGACCAUCGACAAUCAAGCCGUGGAGAACCUCCAAUAUGUGAGUGAGCUGACAGAGCGGAUCAAGGUGAAUUCUUCCAGUGCAGCUUCAUCCUCUCACGAUGACGAGGAAGGAGGGGACGCCCAGUUUGUGCAGUUCUUUCCGAAUUUUGUGUGGGCCAUCAGAGAUUUCACUCUACUACUCGAGAUCGACGGCAGAAACGUCACCGAAGAUGAGUAUCUGGAGCAUUCCCUGGAGCUCAGAAAAGGUGGGGGUAAAAAGAAUCUGAUGUACAACCUCCCACGAGAGUGCAUCAGGAACUACUUCCCCUCGCGCAAGUGCUUUGUAUUCCCCACCCCUACAACUCCUGCCAACAUGCCCCACCUGGAUUCCAUGGARGAGGCUGGCCUGUGUGGAAGCUUCCGAAAGGUUGCAGACACUUUCUGCUGCUUUAUUUUCCAGGAGAGCCGUACAAAAACUGUCAAAGGGGGCCACAAKGUWACCGGGAGAAUGCUCGGCCACUUGGUUAACACCUAUGUGGAGACCAUAGCCAAAGGCUCUGUGCCCUGUCUGGAGAAUGCGGUGCUGGCCAUGGCUCAAAUUGAGAACCAGGCUGCUGUGGAUGAGGGCCAGGUAGUAUACCAGAGGGGCAUGGAGGAGGUGAAGGCCUUAUUCCCUGUGGACAUGGGUCAGAUUUCAGCUCAUCACCUCCGCUCAGACCACCAGGCCACGCAGGCUUUCAUGAAACGAUCCUUCAAAGARYAAAAUGGGGAUUUCUUGAAAGCGUUGGCGGUGGCCAUUGCAAAGCACUACGCUGWCCUUCUCAURCAGAACGAGGAUGCCUCAGAGAAGAAGUGUGCYGCCCUUCUGGAGAAGCUGUCUGCUCCGAUGGCCCAGAAGAUUAAGGAGGGGAUCUACACCACACCUGGAGGAUAUGAGCUUUACUGCAAUCACCAUGACAACAUGGUUGCACAGUACCGAGCCGAGCCUGAUAAAGGAGUUGGGGCUGAGGAGAUUCUUGAGCAGUUCCUGAGGGAGAAGAGUCUAGAGAAGAAUUCCAUCUUGCAGGCUGACAAAAAAUUGACGGAAAACGAGAAAAAAAUCUAUGAGGAGAAGGAGAGAUCAGCUGUGCUGGAGCAGGAGAAGAAGGCUGCUGAAGAGAAACGGUUGGAGAUGGAGCGCACCAUGGAGGACGAUCGCAGAAGCAAAGACGAGAAGUUGAAGCAGAUGGAAGAGAAGAUGAAGYAGGAGAUGAAGCAACAGGAACGGGACUUCCACAGGGCCUUGGAGUGCAAYYUGCAGGAGCAGAAGGAUCUGCUGGAGAAGGGCCACAAGGAGAAGGCUGACUUAAUGAGACAGGAGAUAGAGGAGUUCAAGAAGAGCAACACACCUGAGAAGGAAGGAGGUGGUUUCCUUGAGUCUACAGUCAUGCCUGUUCUUCGAUUUGGAUUGGACGCUGCCAACACUGUCUUUCAAUAUAAGCUCAUGAGGGGAGCUUUUAUGAAGUAGAAACAUUGUGUAUUACCUGAGCAUGUACACAUUUGUUAGCUUUAUCUAGCAAUGUAAAGCGAAAAGUCAAGUUGAUAGCCACGCUUAGAAUCAGUAUAAGCUUUAUAUGCAAGAGUGAUGUAUUAUUUUUGGAAUGGACGCUGCCAACAUUUUAUUUCAAUAUAAGCUCAUGAAGGUAUCUUUUAUGAAGUAGAAACAUUGUGUAUUACUUGAGCAGGUACACAGAGAGACAAGUUGCUUAAUUUUUCCGUCUUCCACUUUCCUCUUCCAUGUUUGCGGUAAUGCUGCAAUUAGUUGGUUGUAGUUUUGGGUAGAGCAGACAUUUC